AUGAGAGCUCUUAGAUUUGUCUCCAUUGCAUGCCACAGUAGACUAGCAUGUGUUUUAUCAAUUGAAUCCAAACAUAAUGUCACGGAUAAAAACCAGCUUCGUUCUUUAAUACGGAAAUAUCCAGAGGGCAUAGCUGUCAUUGAUCUCAAGGAUGCAUACCCGAAUGUGAUGGACGAUUUGCAGGCUUUGAAAGCUGCAGGUGACAUCUGGCUGCUUUCAAACUUCGAUUCCCAAGAGGACAUAGCAUAUCCAAAUGACCCCAGGUUGCCUGCGAUGAAUGUUGAUGAUGAGCUUAAGGUGCUCUUUAGGUCGAUUGAAUUACCUCGUGAUAUUAUUGACAUUGAGAAAGAACUCCAAAAGAAUGGGAUGAAGCCGGCAACGGAUACUGCAAAGAGGAGGGCCUUGGCUCAGAGUCAAGGCAUUCCUAACAAAGCCAAACCCAAGAAGAAGAAGCACGAGAUUAGCAAGAGGACAAAGCUUACAAACGCCCAUCUACCAGAGCUAUUUUCUAGACCCUAAAAAGUUAGGUGAAGCUGCUAUGUGAAAGGUCUGCAAGAUGUUAUGGAUGUAAGCAGAUUGUACAAAACAUAUUGGAAGACAGAUAAGAUAGCCCAAAAAUGUACUUGAAAUAUCCCCUAUAUUUUUUGCUCCGAAAUGCCAGUUUAAGGAUUGAAUUUGUUCUUAUCAAAUGCUAUGAUUUAGGAACCUG